AUGGCGGUGGUGGAGACGGUGGCAGCUGCACCCGGAGCUUUGACGAUCAAGACGAGGAAGGUGUCCUCGGAAGAGAGGCAGAUGGCCGGAGCCCCCCAGGGCGAGAUCUUCGACGUGGUGGCGUUGACGAGCAGCGAGGUGCCGGCAUCGGUCGACGUCUCGAAAGACCUCGAGGCCGUGCGAAUACGCUCCGGUGUGACCGACUGGGCGAGCUUGUUCGCCGCCGUGAGCUCCGCGAGGACGCUUGUGCUGCACCAUCGCGACAUGUUCGGGGGAGAGAAUGGAGGUCCGGGCUUGAUCGGACGGCUGGUGUCUCUCGUGGCGGACGCUGUGUCCAACAGGCGGUCGGUGGUACAGACGAACGGCUUGCGGUGCUUGGGCGAGAUGUUCAGCUGCGUGGUGGGGAAGGAGAUGACCGCCGACCAGAUGGGAACGCUGGUCAGAUCUACCUUGUCCUGCCACAAGUCUUCCUCUAAGUUCUGCGGGGAGGAGGCGAGGAAGGCCAUGGAGGCUGCCCUGGCCAACGCCGACCCGGAGCCUCUGCUCAGCGCGGUCCUCCCGCUAGCACUCGACACACACCCCAAGGUGGCCUGCCGAGGGCUGAUGUGCACGGCCGAGUGCUUGUCGCGGCUGCUAGAGGGCAGCGUGGCGGGGCGCGGUCUGGUGGAUGGUGUGGACGUGAAGUCCGUUGUGGCGGCACUGGCCAAGGGGGCCUCGAGCAGGGACUCCGAUGGCAAGGAGGCUGCCUGGAGAGGGGUGGAGAUGUGA